AUGAAGCUCAUCGCCACCGUCGCCGUUGCUUUGGCGGCUCUUGCCCUAGCUGCGCCCAACCCCGAAGGUCAGACGACUUCAAUCAAACUCAGCAAGGACUAUGUCGACGCCAUCGUAGCCGCGUAUCCCGAUGGCAUUGUUCCGCUCUACCGGCCGACACACCCUGCCCCUCCUCGGCGCCGGCCGAUCGGAGUUCGGCAGCACACACCAAGGCUAAGGCGGGAAGACCCGCGCCGGGAAACUGCUCCGGGAAAGCGGGGCGACCUCCGUCUGCCGCAGAUGAACGCCGAGGAGAACGGGCAGGAGACGAUGCUCCGCCCUCCUCUUUCCCCCUCCUCGCCUGUGCAGCUACCCGCCCUCGCAGUUUUCGAACUAAGCAACCAACUCUCAUCCAAUCUUCAAACGUCAAGCCCAAGUACCCACGUCUUGAACGGAUUGAGCAGGUGUUUGCUCAGAGCAUCACUGCAAUCUCGCUUAUCGACCACCAUGGCUACCAAGCCGGACGCAAAUGCCGGAGAUCCCAUCAGCACCGAGAACCAAGUGCUUAGUGCUGGUGCUUCAGUAGUGCAGGACUUCGCACCAUUAAGCAAUGUCUGCGCUCACCUCAACGCCUUUCACGCAUAUGCCUCUGACCCUACACGCGUGGUGGAGGCAAAUCACUACUGCGGGCACUUGAACGAAGAUGUCCGUCAAUGCAUACUCUACGAUAGCCCCGCGAAGAGUGCACGCAUCAUAGGCAUCGAGUACAUGAUCACACCAAAGCUCUACGAAACCUUGGACUCGGAGGUGCGAAAGCUCUGGCACAGUCAUGUGUAUGAGGUCAAGUCAGGCAUGCUCAUCAUGCCACAGGGAAAGCUGCCGGACUUGGCUUGGCAAGCGGCAGAGAAUAAGGAGAUGGAGCAAGUCGUCCAGCUCUAUGGAAAAGUGUUCCACCUCUGGCAGGUCGACAAAGGCCACCAGCUGCCCUUGGGCGAACCGCAACUCAUGACAAGCUUCACCCAGACCGGCCAAUUGGACUUUGCCAAGUACGUUGGCGACCGAGACAAAAGGUUCAACUCAGAUUAUAAGCAAAAAGAGGAGGCUCGGAAGCAUAUUGCGAGCCCGUCGGUUCAUCCCGACGCUGACCAAGCCUGGAAGGAGAAGGACAAGAACAAGGGAGUCUCGUAA